UUGGAGGAUAGUGAAGAAAUUGUCUUAAUCAAAUUCCCCUUCAUAUGUCUCUGACUGCUUCUCCAAAUCCUGCCCAAGAAGUAGGAGACAUGGAAAUAAAGAACUACAGUGGCAGCACAUCAGGCUUUACCCUCCUGGGCAUCUCUUCCAACCCUCACCUACAGAAGCCACUCUUUGCCAUAUUCUUCAUCAUGUACCUGGUCACUGUGGUGGGGAAUGUACUAAUAAUCUGGACCAUCCACUCAGACUCACGCCUCCAUACACCUAUGUACUUUUUUCUCACCAAUCUGUCUUUCAUGGAUAUCUGCUUCACAACAGACAUUGUGCCUAAAAUGCUGGUGAAUUUACUAUCAGAGACAAAGUCUAUCUCCUACAUAGGCUGCCUCAUCCAGAUGUACUUCUUCAUGGCCUUUGGGAACACUGACAGCUACCUGCUGGCAUCUAUGGCCAUAGACAGGCUGGUAGCUAUCUGCCACCCCUUCCACUAUGAUGUGGUAAUGAACCCACGUCGUUGCCUCCUCAUGUUGCUGGGUUCUUGCAUCAUCUCCCACCUGCACUCCAUGCUCCAUGUGCUACUCAUGUCCCGCCUGUCUUUCUGUGCCUCCCAUGUCAUUAAGCACUUUUUUUGUGAUACUCAUCCCGUGUUAAAGCUAUCCUGCUCUGACACUUCCUACAACCAGAUUAUGGUCAUAACUGAGACCCCAGUUGUCAUUGCAACCCCCUUCCUGUGCAUCCUCUUCUCCUACCUGCGUAUCAUCAUUACUGUGCUCAGAAUACCCUCUGCAGCCGGGAAGUGGAAAGCCUUCUCUACCUGUGGCUCCCACCUUACUGUAGUGGUCUUGUUCUAUGGUAGUAUCUUCUAUGUCUAUUUUAGACCCCUGUCUAUGUACUCAGUGGUGAAAGACCGGGUAGCCACACUCAUGUACACAGUAGUGACACCAAUGCUGAACCCCUUCAUCUACAGCCUCAGGAACAAAGACAUGAAGAUGGGUAUGAGAAAAUUAAGGUUCAUAAUGAACUCAUAG